UCUGGCACAGUCUCAUAGCUGGCAUACUCGCUCCGGUGAACUCAGUACCGUUGGACGUGUGGACAAUUUCAAUCAUCAUUGGCAGGCGCAGGGCGGAUAUUAUUUUCCUUUUUGGUAUAAAAUAUGAAAAACUGAAAUUUUGAGAGAAUUUUGAGAUUAAAGAGAAAGAGAGAGAGAGAGAGAGAGAGAGGAUAUAUAUCAAGGUUUCCGGUAUAAUAUGCUAGAAGUGCGGUGCAUUUUUUGCAUGGUUUAGGUGGAGUUUCCCAGCCCCCGGUCUGCUUUUCCAGGCAUUGAUCCAGAGGCUGGGUUAUUGAUUUUGAGGAAUACCCAUUUGCUUUUUCGGCCUUUCUUUCCCUUCUAGGCACGAAAAAUAAUAUUCCAAAUUCUUGUUCUUCACUGGUUCGGAAGGGAAGGAAAGAAAAAGCUUAUAGGUUUUUGAAAGAAGCCCCAGUUUGAUAUUUCUGGUGAGUGUAAAAUUCGAAAAAUGAGCAACAUCGAGGGUGUCAUUUCCCGGCAAGUUCUGCCUGCUUGUGGUAGUCUUUGUUUCUUCUGCCCCGCUAUGAGAGCAAGGUCUAGACAGCCCGUGAAGAGGUACAAGAAGCUCAUCGCCGACAUUUUUCCUCGUAACCAGGAAGAAGGACCAAAUGAUCGGAAGAUAGGAAAGCUGUGUGAAUAUGCUGCUAAAAAUCCUUUACGCAUCCCAAAGAUGACAAAUUCUAUUGAGCAAAGGUGCUACAAGGAAUUGAGAAAUGAGAAUUUUCAUGCUGUAAAAAUCGUCUUGUGCAUUUACAAGAAGUUGUUGGUUUCAUGCAAGGAGCAAAUGCCUUUGUUUGCAAAUAGCUUACUAAGCAUCAUGCAUGCUCUGCUGGAUCAAACACGACAAGAUGAAAUGAGAAUUAUGGGAUGCCAGACUCUUUUCGACUUCAUAAAUAACCAGGCAGAUGGGAGUAGCAUGUUUAAUUUAGAAGGUUUUAUUCCAAAACUCUGUCUGUUAGCUCAAGAGGCGGGGGAAGAUGAACGAGCAUGUAAUCUACGUUCAGCUGGGCUGCGAGCCCUUUCUUCUAUGGUUUGGUUCAUGGGUGAAAACUCUCAUAUUUCGGCUGAGUUUGAUAAUGUGGUUUCAGUAGUAUUAGAAAAUUAUGGAGGUUGUAAAAAAUCAGGAAACCCUGAAGGUUCCAGAAGUAAGUGGGUCCAAGAAGUGAAAAAGAAUGAGGGUCACGUUUCACCUUCACCAGAGAUAAUAACGAGAGUACCUUCAUGGAGGGCCAUCGUUAAUGACAAAGGCAAAGUGAAUGCGACAUUGGAAGAUGCCAAGAGCCCCUGCUUUUGGUCCCGGGUUUGCCUUCGGAACAUGGCCAAUCUUGCCAAGGAGGCUACAACCAUACGACGUGUUUUGGAGUCUUUGUUCCGUUACUUCGAUAGUGAAAAGUUAUGGUCUCUUGAGCAUGGGCUUGCCUUUCCAGUCCUAAAGGAUAUGCAGUUUUUAAUGGAUAGUUUUGGGCAAAAUACACAUGUCUUGCUGUCUAUUUUAAUUAAACAUUUAGAUCAUAAGAAUGUUCUUAAAGAACCCGACAUGCAGCUCGAUAUUGUUGAGGUUACCACCUCCCUUUCUCAACAUGCAAAAGUUGAGUCUUCUGUUGCAAUAAUUGCUGCAGUAAGUGACGUCGUCAGGCAUUUACGGAAGAGCAUACAUUGCUCACUGGAUGAUGCAAAUCUGGGAGCUGAUGUGAUAAAAUGGAAUAAAAGUUUUAGAGAGGCAGUGGAUGAGUGCCUUGUACAGUUGACACAUAAGGUUGGAGAAGCUGGCCCAGUUCUUGAUGUUAUGGCUGGGUUGUUGGAGAAUAUCUCAACUAUUACUGUCAUAGCCAGAACUACUAUUUCUGCAGUUUACCGUACCGCUCAGAUUGUAGCCUCUUUACCUAAUCUAUCCUAUCAAAGCAAGGCUUUUCCUGAAACUUUGUUUCAUCAGCUACUCCCUGCAAUGGUACAUCCAGAUCACGAAACACGAGUUGGUGCCCACCGCAUUUUUUCUGUUGUUCUUGUGCCAACUUCAGUUUUUCCUCGUCCGUAUUCAUCUAUGCCUGAGACUAAGAAGGGCUUGGAUCUUCCAAGGACUCUCUCAAGAACUGUUUCUGUCUUUUCCUCUUCAGCUGCUCUUUUUGAGAAGCUAAAGAAAGAGAAAUUUUCAUCAUUGGAAAAUGUUUUUCAAGGAAAUCAAGAAAACUUUGUUUGCAAUGGGGAACCAAGAAAUAAUAAUAAUGGAGUAAUGACUAGAUUGAAGUCAUCUUAUAGUCGGUCAUACAUUAUGGAAAGCCCGCCUGGUCCUUCGACAGCAGAUAGAAAUAAUAUAAAUAAGUCAACCAAAGAACCUGAGGCAAAUUCCCUCAGACUGAGUAGCCAGCAGAUAACUCUCUUGCUAUCAUCAAUUUGGGCACAAUCCCUCUCUCCUAAAAACUUGCCUGAAAACUAUGAAGCAAUUGCACAUACAUACAGCCUUGUAUUGCUGUUUUCUCGAGCCAAGAAUUCCAGUCAUGAGGUUCUAGUUCGUAGUUUUCAGCUAGCAUUUUCAUUGCGGAACAUUUCUCUUAGUGAAGGAGGUGAGCUACCAAAGCCAAAUUCAAUCCAAACUGAGCCACUGCCACCAUGCCGUCGUCGGUCCCUAUUUACCUUGGCAACUUCAAUGAUUCUCUUUUCAUCAAAAGCAUACAAUAUUCUUUCUCUUGUUCAUGGUGCGCAGACAGCUACAAAUAAAAUGGUUGAUCCGUUCCUAUGUUUAGUGGAUGAAAGCAAAUUACAAGCUGUUAACAGUGGAUCCAAUGCAAAUGCUUAUGGAUCUAAAGAAGACAACAGUUCAGCUAUAAAAUCUCUUUUAAAAAUAGUGAUUACUGAAGAUCAAACCAGGGAAUCCUACGCUACUGAAAUCCUGAAGAGCUUGGAAAAUUUGCCAGAUUCUGAGUUGUCAACUAUAAGAGAACAGCUGCUCAGUGACUUCAUACCUGAUGAUGUCUGUCCAUUGGGAGGACAGUUGUUAAUUGAUACUCCACGUAAAGCAUAUACGAUUGGCUCAACAGAGAGUAAAUCUGCUAAUGAGGUUGGUCCACGUUUUUCUAUAGAUGAUGAUUCUUUUCUAGAUUCUUUUGAUGGUCAGAUAAGGCACAAGUCACAAGUUUCCAUGGAAGGUCCCAGUCUUUUGAGUGUCAAUCAACUGUUGGAAUCGGUCUUGGAAACUGCACAUCAAGUGGGAAGGAUGUCCAUUUCAACAUCAGAUGUGCCUUACAAGGAAAUGGCCAGCCACUGUGAAACACUUCUUAGAGGAAAGCAGAAAAAGAUGUCCGAUUUAAUGCAUGCCCAUCAGAUUCAGGAAAGUCUAAUCAACUCUUUACAGGACCAAAACGAUGAAGUGAGAAAGAUAGCAUCCUAUUCAAAUGGGGUACAUAAUCCCUCUAUUGAUGAGAACUUCACUGCCAACGCAAGCAAACCACCCUUGAGCCCGGUUCCUAUGCAGUGUUCAACUGAGUACAAGCAUCCCCCAAACUUGUUCAGAUUACCGGCAUCAAGUCCAUAUGAUAACUUCCUAAAAGCUGCUGGUUGUUAAGAAAAACCCGUGAAAAGACUCACCAGAUUUAUUGGAAAACUUUACCUUUUGAAUCUGCUUCUUAGUAUUCUGCAGAGAGAGUUGUUAUGAGCAAAGAUCAGCCAAGUUUCAUUACUUCUUCUUCUUCUUCUUCUUCUUCCCUUUUUUUGUAUUUAUUUUAUUUUUUAUUUUUCCAAAUUGCAAUUUUUUUCAUUCUUUCAUUCCUAUAUAUAUAUAUAUAUAUUUUUUUUUUUCCUUUUUUUUCCAACAUUGUGUACAUGAAUACAUAUAUAGGAGAGUUGUCUUCGACCCCACUUCCUCCCUAGUCAUCUGAAGUUUUCUGUAGGUUUUUGUAGUAAGAUGUACAAAAAUGUUAUUUAUUUAUUGUUUUCUUUACUGUUCCUAUGGAGUUGUGUUUGUAAAGUUUGAAGAACUGAUCUUUUGAGAUUAUAUGGUAAUUGAAGACUCCUCUAUAAAAUAGAGAUG